AUGCUGCAAGUGUUCGACCCGGUUAUAGCGGAAUCUGAGCAGGCAUGCAAACAGCAAUGCAGAUCCUUGGUUGUGGCAUACCAAUUCGUAGCGCGGGUUGAGGAACGACUGGACCAGGCAGAGGUAAAAGAAGGGCUGGAACAGGUUCAGGCACAAGAGGGACAGGAUGAGGAACGACAGGUGAAGGUUGUGGUGGAUUACUGA